AUGGGAUCUGAAAACAAACUUAGUACGUGGCAAUUGAUAGCUGCCACUGCAUUGGCCUCAGUAGCCGCUACAAAAUGUAUUGAUUUGGCAUGGAAGUCGUACUCGAGGCAACAACAUGCCUUCCCGCAGAAAAGGAAAUUGGCUUCAGCAGAAAGAGAGUAUGACGAUAACUUGUACCGCGAACAAUUGGCCCGCAAUUACGCAUUCCUAGGUGAAGAUGGUAUGCAGCGGUUGAAAGAACAGUACAUUGUUGUCGUAGGGGCCGGUGGUGUCGGGUCCUGGGUUGUUACUAUGCUAAUUAGAUCAGGUUGCACCAAAAUCAGAGUCAUCGAUUUCGAUCAGGUGUCCUUGAGCUCAUUGAACAGACAUAGCUGUGCUACUUUGAAGGACGUGGGUACGUCUAAAGUAGACUGUUUGAAGGAGCACAUGAAAGCUGUUGCCCCGUGGUGUGAGAUAGACGCUGUCAAUGAGCUUUGGAACAAAGAAAACGGCGAAAGAUUGAUCUUUGGUAAUGGCAAACCAAGCAUUGUCGUUGACUGUAUCGAUAAUAUCGACACCAAAGUUGACCUGCUAGAGUACGUUUUCAAGCAAAACAUUGAGCUGAUUUCCUCCAUGGGCGCGUCAACGAAGAGUGAUCCAACCCGCAUCAACGUCGGUGACAUCACCACUACGGAGGAGGAUCCGCUGGCUCGUUCUGUAAGAAGGAGGCUAAAGCAAAGAGGUGUCACCACAGGCAUUCCUGUUGUCUUCAGUGCAGAGAAACCGGACCCACGCAAGGCAAAACUAUUGCCCUUACCAGAGGAGGAACACUCCAAGGGUAAAGUAGGUGAAUUGAGCGCCUUGAAGGAUUUUCGUGUAAGAAUUUUGCCGGUUUUGGGUACUAUGCCUGGUAUAUUUGGUUUAACCAUUGCCACAUGGAUUAUUACAAAAGUUUCUGGUUAUCCAAUGACGCCAAUAGAGGGGAAGAAUAGAAUUAAAAUAUACGAUGGGAUAUUCCAAUCUUUGGCAGGUCAGAUGACAAGGAUUAACAUGCCAGACCAGCGUGUCCCUGUCGCCUUAAAAGACGUCGGUUACAUAGUUGAGGAAGUUUUCAGAGGCAAGUCCCCUGUCAGCGGUUUCUCCACUAGACUUACUCUAUCCAAGUGGGAUCCAUCGAAGCCCGCAGACUUGCAGAACGUCGUACUAUUGACAAAAGAGGAACAAAAGGAGCAUGAAACCCGUGUGCUAAAUGGGGGUGAAAAGUUGGAGGAUGUUUAUCCACGAGAAGUGAUCGAUUUAGUCAACAAAAGAUUUGAUGAGGAAAAAUACUACUCUCAGUAUAGGUAA